AUGAUGGACGGAAAGAUGACCAAUCUAUCCGGAUAUCUCAACGCAUCUGCAUACUAUUUAAACGAAACCGCGAUGCUGGGUACAACAAACGCCAGCAACACCACUGGAGAUAAACUGACAACUUCUUGGUUGAUGGGCACAUCCACUACCACACUGCUGACCAACUGCGGCGUGCUCCUGCUAUUCCUGCGCGACAAAUCCCUGCGCACGCCCUUCAACGUGUACAUCAUAGCGCUGCUGGCCACCAAUGUCGUCUACACCGGCACCACCGCGACAUUGAAAAUCCUCCAAUACUCGCACGGCGCCUGGUGGAUGGGGAUUCCCGCCUGCACCAUGAACCUGUACUUCGUGUACAUCUUUGGCUCAUACGCCGUUCAUCUUCAUCUGCUGAUCACUUUGAACCGCACCUGGGCCUUGUUCUGGCCGGUGUCCUACCGUAACCGCCAUUCGACAACGAUGGCUGUAUGUCUGUGUGUGGGAAUGUUCCUGUAUCUCAAUGCUCUGGUUGUGCCGGGUCUGGUCAUCGAUGCGCUGCACUAUCGUGUUCCCGUGGAAAUAGGUUGCUGGGUGAAUCUAAAACAGCAGUUCACAUGGGCAACUUUCGUCAACUUCUGGGUGUACGAUGCACCAAAAGUCUACAUUGCCGUAUGCUAUCCAUUCUUGCUUCACCGGCAGUUACGACGGCGACGUAUGGCGGCUGUUGCUCGCAAAGCGGGAACAACCGCCGGGUCAUCGCAGCCACCUGGAACCUCCAUUCAGCCGCUGUCAUCCAAUCAGGUGGUUCCGUCCAAUCAACCACAACAGCCGGCCAACAAUGCCCCGCCUACCGCUCGACCAACAGCCGGCAGUUCGCGCUCUUUCGUUGUACUGACGCUGUUCACCGUCAGUGUGGUGGUCUGCUGGCUGCCGAGCACGGUCUACUAUGAUCUCACCCGCUAUAUUUCACCUGAGAAGAUGGCGACCUUUUUAAGAUUGCCGGCAUGA